AUGUAUAGAAGAAUUUCAAAUAUAGACAAGAUAAAAUAAUAAAUGAGAUUGAAUCAACAAGUUAAGGAACUCUUAUAGAAAGGAGAGAUUGAUAUUGAAAAUCCAUUUCACUUUGAAGUAAUGCAUCAUAAAAUUUAGAUCAUUAUUGCUAUCUUAAAUAAAGAUGAAAAUUAAAGAAAUUCAAAUGAUUUAAAUGUGCUAGCUUCAGCCCUUUAAACUAUUAAAUAUUUUCAUGAAAUGAAGAAGACAACAAGUUUAGAUGAAAUGCUUAAUUUAUACAAAGAGUUACAAUAUAUAAAUUUACCAGCUCGUAGGACACUUUUUAGAUGUGGUGAUAUAGGCAAAAACUUUUAUAUUAUAUUAAGAGGUAGUGUAUGGGUAAUUUACAUUAAUUAUUCUUAGGUAUUGGUUGGAAAAAGUGGACUUGGAGAUGAGAGAUUGGAAAAGUAAGAAAAGAAAUCUGAUAAGAAGUAAGAGAAGAAACAUCAAUAAGGAAAAGAAUUUGAUGAAGGAGAAGAAUCUGUAUUUUUUUUAUCUUAUUUAGGAUGAAGAUUAAUUUGAAGAUUUAGAUGAUGAAAAAAUGCUUGAAAAUAAAUAUUAAAAUAUGAUGAAAGUAGGUAAAAUAGAGUAAGGAGGUAGUUUUGGAGAAAUUGCCUUAACUAAUUCAUUACCUAGAUAAGCUACUAUAGUAUGUGCAGAAAAUUGCUAAUUUAUUAAAUUAUCAAGAGAAGCUUUUAAUAAAUUUUUAUGUAAUCUAUUUUAAUAAACAUCUUAGCUGAGUAUUAUACAAGAAUUUAAAAUAAAAAUCUCUUGUUUCUCAAAUCUAUUAACAUUUUUAAUGAUUGGUCAGAUGCUGAUGUAGGAUUAAUUUAAUAUCAUCUUUCAAAUUUUGAAUAUUCAAUGAAUACACUCAUUUAUAGAGAAGGAGAAUUUAUUAAAGGUGUUUAUUUCAUUGUUUCAGGAAUGGUUGAAAUACAACAAAAAAGUAAAUCAAAUAUAAAAAUUAAAUAAAAUCAAUUAAUUCAUAAAUAAUAGAUUAUUCUUAAUAGAUAUUCUGUUGGGUAAGUUUUUGGUUUUAUGGAAAUUUUAUAAAAUAAAAAAUAAAGAUAAACUAAAGCAGUUUGUUUAGCUGAAAAAGUUAAAAUACUUUUUUUAGAUGAAGAUGUAUUUAUUUUAUUAAUUUUAGAGAUUUAAAUUAUAUUGUUGUCAAGGACAAUCUUUAAAACUUUUAGAAACUAUGACUAAAUAAAUGGAAAAAACAUUUGAAAAAGCAAAUUAAAUAUAUCAAGAAGCAUUAAAAUAAUCUAAUCAAAGUUUAUCUUUAAAUCUUGCAGAGAGUGAUAGUUAUUUAAAACGAUUAAAAACAGAAAAUUAACCAAUCUGUAAAACUAAUAGAAGUAAAAUAGUGAAAAGAUCUCUUGAUAUAUUAGGUAAUGUAUCUCAUUAAUCAUCAAAAAUAUUAAGUUAUUGUGAAUGUGUAUCUGCUUAUAAUAAAGAUAAUUAAGUAAAAUUAAAUUUAAAUAAUCCACUCAUUUUAAUUGAACCCAGUAAAAGAGUAAAAAUGUAAUAAUUACAAUUUUAACAACAAUAUUCACCAGGUCCACCUCCUACCUCAAGAAUUCCUUAAUUUUCUAGUAGGGAUUCUAGAUAAACCAUUCUAAGGUAAUUAAAAUUACCAAGUUUAUUUAAAUAAUAAUAAUCAGAAUAAGAUGAUCGAAUAUCUAUUAGACAAUUAGAUCCUGUUAUUUGA